CCCCGCUGCCCCCUGCCCUGUCACACGCUGGGGGUGUUGCUCGCACCUCCUGAGUUGCAGCCGCAGUCGCCGCUGCUCCUCCUCUCCUUCUUGGGUUUCCCUGGUGCUACCGCCGCCACUGCUACCUCUGUGGACUGUAUGAGGAGGAGGAGGCGGAGGAUGUGAAGAUGGCGGAGCUGCAGAUGCUGCUGGAAGAGGAAAUCCUGGGGGGUCGCCGGGCCCUUUUCAACAGUUACAUCAAUCUGGAGCUGGUGACUGAUUACUGCAAGAACAACUACAUACAGUCAGCAGAUAAGCAGCGUGCCCUAGAAGAAACCAAAGCCUACACCACCCAGUCCUUAGCAAGUGUUGCCUAUCUGAUAAACACCUUGGCCAACAAUGUCCUGCAGAUGCUGGAUAUCCAGGCCUCUCAGCUGCAGAGGAUGGAAUCUUCAAUCAAUCAUAUUUCACAAACAGUUGAUAUUCAUAAAGAGUAAUUUGCAAGAAGAGAAAUUGGAAUUUUGACUACCAAUAAGAACAUUUCAAGGACACAUAAGAUUAUUGCUCCAGCCAACCUUGAAUGGCCCAUUCGUUAUAUUAGAAAACCUAGUGGCUAUACAAUUCUAGAUGACAUUGGGCAUGGAAUAAAGUUGAGUACCCAGAAUAUGAAGAUGGGUGGGCUGCCACGUACCACACCUCCAACUCAGAAACCUCCCAGUCCCCCCAUGUCAGGGAAGGGGACUCUUGGGCGGCACUGCCCCUAUCGCACACUGGAGACAGUGCGUCCUCCAGUGGUACCAAAUGAUUACGUACCUAGCCCAACCCGUAAUAUGGCUCCCUCAGAGCAGAGCCCUGUGAGGACAGCUUCUGUGAAUCAAAGAAAUCGAACUUACAGCAGCAGUGGGAGUAGUGGAGGAAGCCACCCCAGUAGUCGGUGCAGCAGUCGGGAAAACAGUGGAAGUGGGAGUGUGGGGGUGCCUAUUGCUGUUCCUACUCCGUCUCCUCCCAGGGUCUUUCCAGGUCAUCCUUUUAAGUUCUACAGCAUGAAUAGGCCUGCCUCUCGCCAUACUCCCCCAACCAUAGGGGGCUCCUUGCCCUCCAGACGCCCUCCUUCUAUAACUUCACAAACAAGCCUUCAGAAUCAGAUCAAUGGAGGACCAUUUUAUAACCAGAACCCAGUAUCUCUUGCUCCUCCUCCUCCUCCCUCCAUCCUACAGGUAACUCCUCAGUUACCUUUAAUGGGAUUUGUGGCCAGAGUCCAAGAAAAUAUUUCAGAUACACCGCCUCCGCCACCACCUGUGGAAGAACCUGUCUUCAAUGAGCGCCCUCCUCCCCCGCCUCUCCCGGGAGAUUAUGAAGAGGAGGAAGCAGCUGUGGUGGAGUACAGCGACCCUUACGCCAAGGAGGACCCGCCCUGGGAGCCCAGGGCAUACUUGGAGAAAGUUGUGGCAAUUUAUGAUUACACAAAAAAAGACAAGGAGGAUGAGCUGUCCUUCCAGGAAGGAGCCAUCAGCUACGUCAAGAAGAAUGACGACGGCUGGUGCGAGGGCGUGAUGAACGGAGUGACUGGGCUCUUCCUGGGCAACUACGUGGAGUACAUCAUGCAUUAUUCCGAGAGACGCGCCGGGGGCUGUGUGGCCCUCGCAGGAACAGUCAGGUCUCCCCGGAGUACUCACGGCCCGGCGCCCCUCCCAGUGAAACAGAACGAAGGAUAUAAACGAUAA